AUGGCCACAUCUCUUGCCGUCCUUCCUGGAUUUAUAAAUAGGCAGUGCUUUGAGGUAGAGACGAUUUUUCAAUUUUUUCCAAGCAUCCCCUUGCUGCCAGCCAUGACCGGACGAGCUGACGGAGAGAAAGAGGAGGAAAUCAGCAAAGAAGGCAGCGAUCUUCGCGGAGAGGAUAGAGGAGUAAACGUUACUCUUCCUGUUGUAGAAAAAGCUCAGUAA